AUGGGGUUUGUGGGGGCUCUGGCUACUCCAGAAAACUCAGAGGAGCAGCAGGGGGCCCAGGAGGAAUGUCCUUGUCCCCUGGAGUGCCAGGAGCCAGCUGCCAUCCCACUGCCACAAGCUAUAAAGCAUUUCCUGAAGGACGACUCGGAGGAAGCUGAGCUGACCCAGUUCCUGAGGGAUUGCCCAUCAGCUAACAGCUCCAGGAAGGUGGAGCCACCAGAGAACAGGCAGGAGCCUGGCCACCCACCCUGCGGCUUGGGCCGGGUCCCCCCUGACGAACCCACCGAUGAGAGGGAUGCCAGGAUCUUCUCCCGGUCUCGACCCUCGGAUUUGCAGCAGCACAUCGCUGCCCCUCCACCCCCCAGCCCCAACCGUCCGCGGAGCCCCUGGGGGCAGCUGGACCCCUAUGACUCCUCCGAGGAUGACAAGGAGUACGUGGGUUUUGCCACGCUGCCCAGCCAGGUCCAUCGGAAGUCAGUGAAGAAGGGCUUUGACUUCACCCUCAUGGUAGCAGGGGAAUCCGGGCUAGGCAAGUCAACCCUGGUCAACAGCCUCUUCCUGACAGACAUGUACAGAGACCGCAAGCUGCUGAACGCUGAAGAGCGCAUCACGCAGACAGUGGAGAUCACCAAGCAUGUGGUGGACAUUGAGGAGAAGGGUGUCAAGCUGCGCCUGACCAUCGUGGACACACCUGGCUUUGGUGACGCCGUGAACAACACCGAGUGCUGGAAGCCAGUGGCUGACUACAUCGACCAGCAGUUUGAACAGUAUUUCCGUGAUGAAAGCGGCCUCAACCGGAAAAACAUCCAGGACAACCGCGUCCACUGCUGCAUCUACUUCAUCUCACCCUUCGGCCAUGGGCUCCGGCCCCUGGAUGUGGAGUUCAUGAGAGCCCUGCACCAGCGGGUGAACAUCGUGCCUGUGCUUGCCAAGGCUGACACCCUGACCCCUGCUGAGGUGGAGCGUAUGAAGAAUAAGAUCCGAGAGGAGAUCGACCAGUACGGCAUCCGCAUCUACCAGUUUCCAGAGUGUGACUCGGAUGAAGAUGAGGAGUUCAAACUGCAGGACCAGGCACUGAAGGAGAGCAUCCCCUUCGCUGUCAUCGGCAGCAACAUGAUCGUGGAGGCCAAAGGCCGGCGUGUCCGUGGGCGCCUCUACCCCUGGGGCAUUGUAGAAGUGGAGAACCCGUCCCACUGUGACUUUGUGAAGCUGCGGACGAUGCUGGUGAGGACCCACAUGCAGGACCUCAAGGACGUGACUCGGGAAACCCACUACGAGAACUACCGCACGCAGUGCAUCCAGAGCAUGACCCGCAUGGUGGUGAAAGAGAGGAACCGCAACAAGCUGACACGGGAGAGUGGGACAGAUUUCCCCAUCCCUGUCAUCCCUCCAGUGCCGGAUGCAGAGACAGAGAAGCUCAUUCGGGAGAAGGACGAGGAGCUGCGCCGGAUGCAGGAGAUGCUGCAGAAGAUCCAGAAGCAGAUGAAGGACUCGCACUAG